AUGAACGCUGACACAUCUUUACUUCCCUUUCAAUUUUGCACUUCUUCUUCACAGGAGGAAGAGAAAUCGAUCGUGGUGGAAGAACUGGCGAAACUCCGCCGAAAGUUUAAAAAGAUGGACCAACUGCACGCGUACGACCGAAAGAAAUACAUUUUGAAACUCUUAUAUGUGUUCAUGCUCGGGUACGAGUGCGACGUCGGGCACGCGGAGGCGGUGUCGUUGAUCAGUCAACCGAAAUACGCGGAAAAGCAGGUUGGGUAUAUGGUCACGUCGGUGAUUUUGAACGAGUCGAACGAUUUUUUACGGAUGGCGAUUAACAGCGUGAGGAACGACGUGGUUUCGAAGAACGAGUCGUUUCAGUGUUUAGCGUUGGCGUGCAUCGCGAACGUGGGCGGGGCGGAGUUUGCGGAGAGUUUAGCGGGGGACGUGGUGAAUAUUUUGUUGUCGACGACGAUUCGGCCUUUGGUGAGGAAGAAGGCGGCGCUGUGUUUGUUGAGGUUGUUUAGGAAGAUGCCGGAGAUUUUGAAUCCGGAGGAAUUUUCGGCGAAGAUGGCGUAUUUGUUGGAGGAGAAGGAUUUGGGGAUUUGCUUGGCCGUGGUGACGUUGUUGGAUGGGAUCGUCUCGGUGGGGGAUUAUCGCGGGUACGAGAAUUGCGUGUCGCCGUUGGUGAGUUUGUUGGAGAGAGUGGUGAAGAAUCGAGACGUUUUGCCGGAAUAUUUGUAUUACGGGAUCCCCGCGCCGUGGUUACAAGCUAGGAUUAUGCGCGUGCUGAGGAAGUUUCCGACGCCGGAAGAUGCGGAGACGUUGGGCGCGGAGCUGGCGAUUUUGAAGAAAAUCUUAACCGGCACGGAGAAGGUUGCCAACGUGAACAAAAAUAACGCGUUGAAUGCGGUUUUGUUUGAAGUGAUCGCGUUGACGACGUCCUUGGAGUUUUCUAACGAGCUGUUGGAUCAGUGCGCGACGCAACUGGGUGAGUUCGCGAGGAACACGAAGGAGCCGAACGUUAGGUAUUUAGGUUUGUCCGCGUUGGUGAGGUUAGCGAGUAGUCCGGACACGCUAGAGGCGGUAAAGCCUUUGAGAGAAACCAUCGUUGAAGCGUUACGAAGCGCAGAUGUGAGCAUUCGAAAGAGAUCGUUGGGUUUGUUGUUUGCCAUGUGCGACCACACGAACGCGAGGGAAAUUGUCGGCGACUUGUUGCAAUAUGUGGAGGACCGCGACGACGAUUACGAGAUUCAAGAAGAGUUGGUGUUGAAGUGCAUGAUUUUAGCCGAACGGUUUAGCGAAAACGAUCGUUUGUGGUACGCUUCGGUAGCCAUGCAAAUGAUCGAUAAACUCGGGGAUGGCGAUUACGACGUGAUAUCGGACGACGUUUGGUUUCGAUUGGUCCAAGUCGUCACGAACGAUCCGAGUUUACACGCGCCGGCGGCGAAAUUGGCGUUGGGGAGAUUGCUAGGUGGUGCAAAAGCAGCCGCGGAAAAGAAUAAAGAAAAUAACGGGAUGAAUGGAUACGACAACGUUCUCGGGGAUACCAACGGAUCGAGUACUGCUGAUGGCGGUGGUGCCGAUGUCGUUGACUUUUUCGGCCUAGCGUCUGCGACGCAACGUCAACAACAAGCACCUCAAUCGCAAGGCGUGCGAGUGCGCGAAACGCCGCCGCACGAUAUGUUAUUGAAAUCUGCCGGUUACAUGCUCGGUGAGUUUGGCUACUUGAUUACGAACGAGCAGCACUGUUCAGUGAAUCGAUACGUGCCCAUACUCAUUUCAGGCUUGCGACAAUCGAACGAUUGUCGCACGCGACAAAUUUUAGCCUCGAGUUUGUGUAAAAUAUGCUGUCGCAAAGGGUGCGAUGCCGCGUCAAAACAGCUCAUCAUGGAUGGUUUUCAAUCGUGUAUGUCGGAUAUGGACGAAGAGUUGCAACAGAGAUGUUCGGAGUAUCUUGGGAUCAUCAAAAGUGGCGACGCGGCUAUGUUCAAAGCGUUGGAGCCGAUGCCGGAGUAUCCGAAGAGAGAUUCUUGGCUCGAGAAGAUGGUGCAAACUGCAGACGCUGAAGACGAUUCUAUCUUCGCAUCGGAACGAGCACCGGUUGAAUACAAAAGCGUCGAGAAGAGAAGUGGCGCAAACAAUAGCAACGUGUUAGAUUUAGGAGCGAUUGCGGAAGAAGAAGAAGAAGAAGAAGGGGAGGACGAACCGGCGACGACGGGCGGGACGAUUGAUUUGGACGAAUUGUUGGGAUUACCAUCGUCGAAGCCGAAGAAGGUAAGUAGUGGAGGGGUUGGCGGCAAAACGUCGUUAUCGUUACCUCCAACAACUGCGAGUGUUGGUUCCUCCGUCAACGCAUCCACUUCAGCAGCUUUAGAUGACUUGCUCGGAGGCUUGAUGCUCGGCGGAGGAGAUGCUUCAAACGCUUCAACAAUAACGGCUACUACGAACAACAAUAACGAUCCGUUUGGACUGAACCUGGGCAAUGGUGGUGCAGCUGCUGCUGCGUUACCACCGGCGCAGCAAAAGCAUAAAUCACCGCCUUUACAACAGCAAGAUCUCGCCGCUUUAGUCGGCGGCUUUGACGAUCCGUUCGGCAUCGCUCCGGCGCAACAACAACAAAGAAAGAGGUUCCUCGAGCCGACGGUGAACGUCGAGGAGUGCGUACGAAAACUUCUCGCGCAAGAUUCGGGCGUGUUAUACGAAGACGCCGAACUUCAAAUUGGCAUUAAAAGUAAAUGGCAAGGUUCUCGAGGUCGUUUGGCGUUAUAUCUGGGAAAUAAAACCGAGAAGAAUGUUCAAUUUUCGCUCUCGGUGGACGACGUACCGGAAGUGAAAACACAACUCGCGCCGUUACCGCAAGAUAUCGGUUCUAAAAUGCAAGCACAGUGCCAAAUGCAGUGCGCGUGCUACGGGGUUUUUGUCAACACGCCGAAGUUGGUCGUCGCUUUCGAUGGUCGAGACAUCCCCCCCAUCGAGCUUCCGAUUCACGCGGCGAAAUUUUACUCCGUCGCGCAACAGACGCAACCGCAAGAUUUCUUUGCCAAGUGGCACCAGAUGUCCGCAAUCGCGCAAAAGCAAAAAGUUAUCGACGUGAACGCGCAAUGCGCCGGUCUUUCGAACGUGUGCAACGUCUUGCAAAACGCCAAGUGGACGAUACACGAGAGCUUAGAUCCCAAUCCCGCCAAUGCCGUUUUUGGCGCUCGGUUCUUCAGCGAGCAGAACGGCGAGUUGCCGUUAUCGCUCCGUUUAGAAUCUGAUGCGACGAAUAACGUGAGGUUUCGAGUAACCGUUGUGAGUGUCGAUGCAAAUCUUAGCAACGCGGCCAUGCGCCUCGUGCAGCGAACUUUGGUCUAUUAG